GUGGCAGCUAGUAGCAUGGUGGGAAUAAUGGCAAUGAGGACGUGGAUUGAGCCGGUGGUCGCGGGUUCCCAGGUGGCCAGUGCCUUCUACGACACAGCGCUGCUGCUGGUGGUGAAGAACUACUACAACCAGACCAACAGCACUGCUCCCGCCCAUGUCCUGGAAGAUGCUCAGCAGAAGGCUGUAUCUAAUUUUUAUAUCAUCUACAACCUAGUUCUGGGCCUGAGCCCACUGGUGUCAGCCUAUGGCUUGUCCAAGCUGGGGGACAGGAUACAUCGCAAGAUCCCCAUCUGCUUCCCUCUUCUUGGUUAUUUGGGCUCCAAAACUCUCCUGCUCCUCCUGAUUCUGCUGGGCUGGCCAGUGGAGGUGAUGUAUGGGGCUGCUGCCUUAAAUGGGCUGACAGGAGGCUUCACCACACUUUGGGCAGGCAUCAUGGCUCUGGGAUCCCUGGGGUCCUCUGAAAGCAAGAGGUCUCUGCGGCUCAUCAUUAUUGAACUGGUGUAUGGCCUGGCUGGCUUUCUGGGAAGCAUGGCAUCUGGCUACCUCUUUGUUGGCUUCAGCAACCGCUACCGAGAAGGCACCGUGCUGGUGUGCUGCAGCAUUGCUUGCUAUGCCUUUUGUCUCCUCUACAGCAUUUUUGUCCUCACAGUCCCCAAGCCAGCAGCUCCCUGCCCAGCCAAAGCCAAGAGUGCAGAGGAGGUGGGUGGUCAGCUACCAGAAGCAGUGGUAGCAGGGAGCUCCCAGCCUUCAGAGAGCAGCAUCUUCACUCCAGUGUCACCCUCGAAGCUCAUCAUCAUCCUGCUGUUUGUGGCAGCAAUCCUCUAUGACCUGGCUGUGGUUGGUGCCAUGAAUGUACUCCCACUGUUCUUGCUCAGGGAACCUUUAAGUUGGAACGCUGUGGAGAUUGGCCACGGCAAUGCUGCUGGGUAUGUGAUCUUCAUUACCAGUUUCCUAGGGGUGCUUGUGUUCUCCAGAUACAUGAGGGAUAUUACCAUGAUCAUGAUCGGAGUAGCUUCAUUCAGCGCUGGCAUCCUCAUCAUGGCCUUCGUGCAGUGGACGUUCCUGUUCUACAUUGCACGGGCAGUGAUGCUCUUUGCCCUCAUCCCCUUACCAACCAUCAGGUCCAUGUUAUCUAAGCAUGUUGAAGGAUCAUCCUAUGGUAAGGUGUUUGUCCUGCUGCAGCUGUCUUUAGUCACCACGGGAGUAGUGACAUCUACAGUCUACAACAAGAUCUAUCAAAACACACUGGACUGGUACAGCGGCUUCUGCUUCAUUUUGUCUUUUCUAGUCGGCUGCCUGAGUCUCCUCCCUUUAAGCUUUGUGGCCAUCAAACAAAGGUCAACCACUGGCUCCCUUGAGAUUCUGACUGAGUAACAGAGGCAUCUUCUGGUUGUUGUCAUUAGUCCCUACCAACACAGUCGGGUACAGAGCAUUUGUAUUUCCA